AUGCCAUCCACCACCAGAUACUUCGACUCCCCCAAAUUUCCCACGCCCAGUCUCCGAAGGAAAUCCAAAUCAAUCAACCACCACUCUCACCCCAAUCCAAACACGUCCUUCCCAGCUGGUGAGGCUUCGCCCGUGCGAUUGAAUGGCCCCGAGCCCGUUUAUACACCACAACCACCACCGCAACAAUCGAGACGACGAUCAAGUUGGUACUCUCAACGUACGGUGGGGAGUACAGCUGUAUCGCCUAUGCCGCCGCCACCGUUGCCGUUAUCGUCUGCUGCUGGAAGUGUACACAGUAAUCCAUACGGGCAAAUGAAUCCCUACGCUCCACAAACAGCUUCAACUGAUGAAAAUCAAUUAACUUCCGAAGCGCUGAAGAGCUCUGAUUCCGCUAUGCAGCGCGCUGCUCAAGACGCCAGAAGAAGAAGUGUCGAUUCCUGGGAAGAUGAUGAGCCGCAGUCGCCUGGUGGUGGGACGGCUGAGAACUCGUCCAGGAGCAGUGCCAGUGCGAGGUAUGAUACGUCGAGAGGACGGCAGCAGCAUACGGCCAUGAGUGAGUAUCUUAAAGAUCGGUCUUGGGGGUCAUAUCAGCAGCAGACUCAUCCUCGCGUGUCAGGGGUGGUGGAGAGGAGUGUAGAGACGCCGAUGGCACCGAGGGGACGAAGACAUGCGACGCCUAGGCCUAUUGAACCUGUGACACCGCCGCCGCCUCCACCAGCAGCAGCUCAAGGACAUACCGGCACGGUGAGUUCGAUCUUUCGACGGUUUUCGCUUAGUUCGAGUGGUGCAUCUUCGAGACGGGAUACGAGACGCGAAUCAGGGUCGAGCACGACGACUCUGCCGUUCGUCAUGGCAGAUGGUACCCAACGAGUUACGGAAACGCCGAUGGCAAGACAUGAGAGCCAGCGACGAAAAUCAAGCCUGGGAUUCUCUUCGCCUUUAUCGAUGCUGAAACAUAGAUUUGAGAAGACGCCAGUGCCUGAACCACAGGUACCGAUGAGGAGUUCGGCUUAUUCGGGUGCUGCUGAACCAUCGCAGACAUUGCCUGCGAAUGUUUACGUGCCACCUUCCAGGUCUGGUACGACUUCGCAGUUGGUGGCGACACCGUACUCUGCGACACGUCGUGGUCCUAGUCCAGUUAUGGUGGCGACUUUGCCUGAGCAUGUCUCGCAUCAGCAGCAGCCCAGGCACGAUGGUGCCUAUGCCUCAGGACCAGUUCGACCAGCAGUUCAGCCACAAAGUCUGAGAUCUGAAGGAGUACAAUCUGUGCCACCACCACCACAAUCAAAUCCUUACCUCUACCGGGCAAGCAGCAAAAAUAAGCCGGCGCACAGUACUCCUAUACGGACCACCGCCCCGCCUGCCUCCCAUCACAGCCAUGCCCAGGUCCUCCUCCGACCGAACCUCAUCACUUCCGUCGCCAGCUACAUGAAGACAGAGCUUCGUGACCCCUAUGAGUGUACCGACCAAGGAGCCUGGCUGGCUAUUGGGACGAUGCGUGGUCCGACACCCUCAGGCGUGCGGACAAUAAAUGCGAUCAUGGCCAAGGCGAUCGAGAAGGGGAAGCCGCAAAAGGGUCAGAAGGAGGUUGAGAAGAUGCUGAGGGAUCAGAAGCGGAGUGUGAUUGAAUGGGUGGAGGACUAUUUAAGGAUAAAGUGGGAGACACUUUUGUAG